AUGGGUUUUCUGUCUGAUUCCAUCCUUCAAGCUUUCCUCAUUCCACAAGAUAAGAGAAUCAAGUUUGCCACCCUUCGUGACUCCAUUCUCCAGUGUCGAACAGUGUCUAUCAAGGCGCUUCAGCGAUUCGCAGGCAAGGUUACCUCUUUCUCUUUAGCUGUCCCGGCUGCUCGGUUAUACGCGAGAGAAGUUUACCGCGCUAUUUCUCUGGCAAAUCGUUUCUAUCGGCCCAUCAAAGUUGUUGGUUCUUAGAUUCUUGGUCCGAGCAUCUCCCCUGGAUGGAUGAGGGUCGUUUAGUAGUGAAUGUAACCAGCUACGCAUUCCAGUAAGCGUGGGAUGGCAUAGUUUACAAUCCCUCCGGACCACCUUUGGAGACUCGAGAUAUUUGGAGAGAAGACGUCAGAGACAAACCUAUUGCAGUAAAGAAAGCCCUCGCACUCGUCAACACUUUAAAAGCUGGAAGUCGGUCCUUUCAAAUUGUCGCGUGGACGCUCACGUGGACUGCCUAGCGCUUAUCCAAGCCUGGGAAAGACAGGGGGGCAAGAGUACACAGCUGAACGAUGCCCUCAAACUCUUCUCGCCCAGAAUAUUUCUCUCUGUUUGCAGUUCGUGCCCUCUCCUCUCAACCAGGCUGAUGCUCCCUCUCGCGUUUUGUCUGAUAAGGAUUGCAUGCUUGCCCCCGAGCCGUGGAAGGAGUUAG